UCUGCUUCUUCGCUGUUACUUCCAUCCUACUUGGCCUCCAUUCUUUGCUUCAAGUCUCCCUGGACACACAGGAAUCCCUCACUUGGCUCAUUCUGUUCAGUCAAUUAAUUAAUUAGACAUUCUCCGUGGGUGUGUUGCGAGUGAACCCCCUCAUCUCUCGUUAGUUACCAUUCACUACUUCACUACGUAUUGUCUCCCGCCUCGGGGGCAUGUCUAUCGGGCAUUGUCACAUGGGCCGUACGUAUGUAGGCGGCAUUUCCUGCACCUCCGGCCUCUGACUUCCCCUUCUUUCAAACCCCUCUCUUACUCCCCUUCUGCGUGGUGAGAUCUAUCGAAAAUAGAUUCUCUCUUUGCAGUCGCUUUCUCUCGGAUACCCUCGACCCUUUUCCCUAGGGAGACCAUCCCUGUUGAGUCUGCAGGAUGCAGUACGUCCGCAGCAUCAGUGGUUCCGUCUCGAAGACUUGGAACUCCAUUAACCCAGCCACCCUGAGCGGGGCAAUUGAUGUCAUUGUGAUUGAGCAAGAGGAUGGAACCUUGGCUUGUUCACCAUUCCAUGUCCGUUUCGGCAAGUUCUCUCUUCUCCGCCCGUACGAGAAAAAGGUGGAAUUCUCCGUGAAUGGCGUCAAGCAGGACUAUGCCAUGAAGCUGGGUGAGGGCGGGGAGGCCUUUUUUGUUUUCGAAACGACGGCCGAGAUCCCCGCCUCGCUCCAGACGUCACCCUUGGUUUCGCCCACCAGCAGUCCUAAGAUGCGCAGCGAAGAGAAUCUUUCCUCUUCCUUGUCAGAACCGGAGUACUUAGAUCUUGAUCGAUCUCCGUCGCCAAGUGAUAACCAAGCCGAUGGGAAGCGAUCGGCCGAACUCCCUAUAUUGUCCCGGGGGAUGCGGGCAUCCAGCGACCUGGGUACUCUCACACCUCUUUCUCGAUCACCAGAUGAAUCGAACAUGGGCCGGUCCCGCCACGGCUCUUUCGGCGAGGCGCCUCUCAAGAUCGACCGGAUUGCCACCGAUAGCGUUUUGAUGACAAAAAACCGAUCCAACAGCAUUGGUGUUACGGACCAAACCUACGCAGUGAACGCCGCAGGCGACGAGAAUAGUCGGGAUGACCGAUCCCGCAGCCCUCCGCCAUUGUCACCUGAGGAGCUGAUGUCUCGAGCGGUGUCGCUAUCGAAGAAGUUGUCUGGGUCGAAUAUCCCCUCUCGCGUGACGGAGACUGGCGACUUGAUGCUGGAUAUGACGGGCUACAAGAGCAGCGAGGAAGAUGCUCUGCGGGCGGAGGUCAUUGCUCGGAAGAUCCUGGCCGAAGAGUUGGAGGGCAACUAUGACAUUGGGGCUCUUAUCGGGGCAGACGAGCACGGCAAUCUCUGGAUCUAUAGCAGCGAAGAGGCCAAAGAGGCGGCUGACCGUCGGGCGACAUUUAACGCAAUGCGACCCGGUUCGGCUAUGAGCGAGAAUGCCAUCUCUGAUCCAGGAUACCAUAGCGAUAGUGAUCCAUCCAUUCACGACAAGACUGUGACAGCCCGCCACUAUCGGACUCAAUCGGACGUGCAACCUGGCUUCCCCACGCCACCACAGUCACCCACUCAGGAUUCUCUUGCGAUGGAACCUACGCGCAACUACGCGAAGACAUUACGGUUGACCAGCGACCAGCUCAAGGCUCUGAAACUGAAGCCCGGACCCAACAACAUGUCGUUUAGCGUCAACCGGGCGACCUGCACGGCAAAUAUGUAUCUGUGGAAUGGCAACACGCCAAUUGUCAUUUCGGACAUCGACGGGACUAUCACCAAGUCUGAUGCUUUGGGGCAUGUCCUCAACAUGAUUGGACGAGACUGGACACAUGCGGGAGUAGCCAAGCUGUACACAGACAUCGUCAACAAUGGGUACAAUAUCAUGUACCUCACGAGUCGAUCUGUCGGCCAGGCUGAUACCACACGAGCGUAUUUGUAUGGGGUGCGCCAGGACGGGUACCGACUCCCCAAGGGUCCAGUCAUCAUGAGCCCGGACCGAACCAUGGCCGCACUUCGUCGGGAGAUCUACCUUCGGAAGCCCGAAGUCUUCAAGAUGGCCUGCCUGCGAGACAUCUUGAAUCUCUUUAACGGCAAAGAAAACCCAUUCUACGCUGGGUUUGGCAACCGUCUGACGGACGCGCUCAGUUACCGCUCCGUGAAUAUCCCGUCUACACGAAUCUUCACGAUCAACUCCAACACAGAGGUGUCCCUGGACCUUCUCAGUUUGAACAAAUACAAGAGCAGCUACGUCUCGAUGGGAGAACUGCUCGACCACUUCUUCCCGCCAGUUAGUUUGCUGGUCCAGGCUGGUGGCGAGGAAUACACCGAUUUCACGUACUGGCGUGAACCCCCUCCCGAUCUUGAGGCAUUUUCAUGUACAGACAGCGAAGCUGAAGACGAGGAGGCAGAAGAGGAGGAAGAAGAGGAAGAGGAAGAGGAAGAGGAAGAGGAGGAGGAAGAGGAGGAGGAAGAGGAAGAAGAAGAAGAGGAUGAACUUGAGGAAGACGAGGAGUAUGACGGGAAGCUCAGCGACGAAGAUGGCAGCGAGGCUCUGGAGGAAGAGAUCGACGAAGAGGAGGACCUGGGUGCCAGUUAUAUCUCGCAAGAUUCCGUGGACGGGUCUGAAUUGGCAGAUGAGCAGAAUGUUCUGCCUGAGGACGAGGUAGAGACUGUGGAUGUCACUCAGCGGUCACCCCGGGGGUCACCGUCUCGUUGAGUUGCCAUCUUGUUGACACGGCGGGCAAUGAUUAGCGUGCCGUACGCUUGAUACCCCGGGAGAUUGUCGCCGAUGCUCAUGGGUGGCGUAGAUAGAGCUUGCAUGGGUCGUUUAUAGAACAUUGAGGCGUUGAGGACGCAUAGCAAUCGUGAUGUUUAAU